AUGAAUGGCUACCUCGUCUUCAAGGACGCCGCCGCCUCGCCAAAGCUGCAGCGCUUCCGUUUCACCGGGCGUGUCAGCUCCGACCUCGAGGUGGCUCAGGCUGGGCUGCUCGCGGGCAUUGCCGUCGAGGCGCGGCAGCAGUCGGCGCAGAGCCGCGCGCUGCGGCGCGAGGACCUCGCCACAGCGCUGAGCGUCCUCAACCUCAACGCCACCGGGCUCGACGCCGCGCUCCUCACGUCGGCGCCUCAAGGGGCAGUCUUCUGGGCGGUCAAGGACGUGGUGCGGCGGGAGAUGCUGGCGCGGCUCGGCAUCACGGCCGGAAGCGGUACGCUCUUCCUGCAGUACUUCACGCCGCAGUACACGUCGCCGCCGCCGCUGCCGGCGUGGGCGGUCGCGCUCGGCCUCGACUGGCGCGCGAUCGCGACGCUCGUGGCGGUGGCGGCGGGCGAGGUUGCCUACUGGCUGGUGCGGGCCCCCACCGAGGUGCAAAAGACGAGGGCGCAGCUGAGCGCGCUCGUCGUGCGCACGCGCCUGCUGCUGCAGCGCUCGGGCAGCUCCGCCACGCAGUACGCCGGCAUCACCGACGCGCUCGCCACGAUCUACAGGGAGGAGGGCGCGGCGGCCCUGUUCCGCGGCCUGCCGGUGCGGCUGGCAUGGAAUGGGCUCUGGGUGGGCGCAAUCUUGGGCGUGCAGCGCGCCUACUAUGCCGACGCGCAAACCUUCUUCUUGACGGUCGUGGGCGAGGCGGCCGAGGCGCUUGCCAGGCCGCUUCGUAGUAGUGUGUUUUAG